GUAUGAAUUACGCGCGAGGAAGAGAGAGGUUGAGUCAAGUCUUGAAUAACGUGAAGGAAAGGCGUUAAUGAUAUGUAUAUAUCUAUCUCUGCCCACCGCCAUCGCCGCCAGCAGCACCACCACCAUUUCCGCCGGGGCGCAGCGGAACUGUCUGUCUCCAACUCACCGCUGCGUGCUUCCCAACAAAACCACACCUAACAUUCUAACACCCCAUUGUCCCGGAAAGUAGCCUUUUUUUUCACAACUGGGAAAUGAAUAUUACCCAUCACUGUUUGUCCUCUCCAUUCAUAAAGAUUCUCUGAUCUCCAUUUUUGCAAGUCUGGGUUUUUACUACUGAAGUUCAAGAAUUUCAUCCUUUUUGUGGUCUUCUUUGGCUUUAGCUAAUAUUGGAAGGUGGGAACAUGUUUGCAUAAAAUCUCUCAAUUUGAUUUGUAUAGUUGAGAUUCCCAUUAGAAGACAAGUGCUCAAGACAGCCUCGUCGAGAGUAUCAAACUACCUGCUCACAUGCAAGAUCUUUGAAUCAAAGUGGUUUGGUUAUCUGCCCACUUCUUAUCCAGUGGAUUGGCAUUUGACCAAGAUAAAGUAUAAUUUAAGUUCAAAGGAACCAUUUUUGCUGUAUUGGAAUUUUUAAAGUCUGGCACUCUGGCAGUUUUCUAGUCAAUAACUGUAAAUUAAACUGUGAAAAACUGCUUUGAGAUCUGUUUCUUCAAGAAGAAGAGCAUUGUUGUUAAGUUAAAGUAGAUGGUCUCUUUCUGUGCAUAAGCAAAUGGGGGGUUGUGUCUCAAGCAGUAGCCAGAGUACUUGUAGUAAUAGGAGCAAUGGGGAGAGAGGCUCUCCCGAGUGUUUGGGAAUAAGCAUGUUUGGGCGAAAGAGGACGAGGACAUUUUCUGAUUCUGUCACUACACUGCACCAUUUGUCUUCUAUACAUACUCGGAUUUUCACAAACGGGAGGAGCCGCACUUCUUGUAUAUUCACUCAGCAGGGGCGCAAGGGCAUAAAUCAGGAUGCCAUGCUUGUGUGGGAAGAUUUUAUGGCAGAAGAUGUAACUUUUUGUGGCGUCUUUGAUGGCCAUGGUCCAUAUGGUCAUAUGGUUUCUCGGAAAGUGAGGGAUGCACUGCCACUGAAACUGUUAUCAUAUCUGCAGCCUUGUGAGACAAAGUACGAUGGGUCUGGUGCUAAUUGCUGCAAUGGGAACCCAAAAUUGGAUGUUGUUGAUCCUCAUAAGGCAGGCGAUGUGGAGGAUAAAGUGGACUCUUUGUGGAGGGAAGCGUUCCUUAAAUCAUACAAGGCCAUGGACAAAGAACUGAGGUCACACCCUAACUUAGAUUGCUUUUGCAGUGGUAGCACUGCAGUUACUAUCGUGAAACAGGGAUCAAAUCUUUUCAUGGGGAAUAUUGGUGAUUCUCGGGCAAUUUUGGCAUCAAAAGCUAGCAAUGACUCAAUGGUGGCUAUUCAGUUGACUGUUGAUUUGAAGCCUGAUUUACCUAAGGAAGCAGAGAGGAUAAAACGGUGUAAAGGUCGGGUUUUUGCAUUGCAAGAUGAGCCCGAAGUGCAAAGAGUUUGGUUGCCAUUUGAUGAUGCCCCUGGCUUAGCAAUGGCUAGAGCAUUUGGGGAUUUUUGUUUGAAGGAAUAUGGAGUCAUUUCUAUUCCUGAAUUUUCUCAUCGGGUCCUUACUGAUCGAGACAAGUUCAUUGUUCUCGCUUCUGAUGGUGUUUGGGAUGUACUGAGCAAUGAAGAAGUUGUGGAGAUAGUGUCAUCAUCUCCUUCAAGGUCAGGUGCAGCCAGAAUCGUUGUAGAAUCUGCAGCCCGGGAAUGGAAAACCAAGUACCCAACAUCAAAGAUGGACGAUUGUGCUGUAGUUUGCUUGUUCUUGGAUGGGAAGAUGGACUCUGAAUCUGAUUAUGAUGAACAAUGCUUCUCUUCUGCCACCCUGCAGAGCAACCAUUCCGGCAAUGCUGCAGAAUCCGAUGAUGGGCAGACCUCAGAGCCAUCCAUGCAGAGAAACUUCACGGUCAGAGCACCAGAAGAAACCGAAAGAGUAGCAGCAGAAACAGGAUCGAACAAAGAACGUGUAGUUGCAGAAGAUGAGAAUUACUGGUCAGGAUUGGAAGGCGUCACGAGGGUUAACUCCUUGGUUCAACUGCCCAGGUUUUGUGAAGAGAGGCCAUGGCCAUAAUUUGUAAUCUGGUUAAAAAGGUUACCUUUGUUGUUGUAAUAUAUUAUAUAGUUCUAUCUUUCUCACAUGUCCUCUAUGCCAAAUAGUGAAUGUAUGUUUACUUCUUUUGUGGCAUCUGCUGGAGGGACUGCAAAUAUUUUCUAUGUUUUACUGAAUUGCUUCAUUAAUCUCCGUAAAACUUUGCU